AUUUAACUAUUAAUCAUUUGUAGUCAGAAUAGGUAUCGGUCUCGCUUGCAGUACACUUAAGCAGUCUGUGGUAGCUGCCAAACAAAAUCUGCAUUCUCCCUCACUGUUUGUCUUUAGAGUUACAGUUUUAGUAAAUUACCAAGAUGGCAAAUAUAGCUGCAAAACGUAUUAAAAGGGAGUUCAAGGAAGUUAUGAAAAGUGAGGAGGUGGCGGGUGGCGAUAUCAAGCUGGAAUUGGUUAAUGAUUGCUGGACGGAACUCCAAGGUGAAAUCGCUGGCCCCCCGGAUACUCCGUAUGAAGGCGGUACUUUCCUGCUCGAGAUCAAAGUACCUGAAACUUAUCCUUUCAAUCCGCCCAAGAUCCGAUUCAUGACGAAGAUCUGGCAUCCCAACGUAUCGUCAGCGACGGGGGCUAUUUGCUUGGAUAUUCUUAAAGACCAGUGGGCGGCAGCAUUAACUUUGAGAACCGUCCUAUUGUCCAUACAAGCAUUGCUAUCUGCCGCUGAACCAAAUGAUCCCCAAGAUGCGGUCGUUGCGAAACAAUAUAGAGAAAAUCCACAAUUAUUCCAAAUGACAGCUAAACAUUGGACAAAUGUAUACGCCGGAGGUCCCAUGUCGGUGUUGGAAUUCAACCAGAAAGUUCAGAGGUUGCUAGAUAUGGGUAUAGAUGAGCAUCAAGCGAGGGUAGCUCUAUCUACGUACGAUUGGGAACUGGAGCGGGCAACGGAACAGCUAUUUUGUUAGUCACCCAAUAAUUAUAAAAUUUAAAAUCCCUAAGGUCGAUAUCGUUACUUAGUAUCCUGUGUUCAUCGUCCAUUUUCUUUUUGUUUCUGAAGAUUAUUUUAUUCUCCGUGUCGAGUUCCGUCUGGUAAUGUUCAUAGCCAAGUAGAUUAAGUAACAUCCAUUCUGUUUAAUUGUCUUAGUAAUCGUCCUUGUAUUUGUUGUUGAUCAUAUUUUAUCAAACUGAAAAUAAUGGGAUGUUCUGUCUGAAUAGUUAAUGUACACAAUAAUCAUUUCUGCUCGAAUUUUGUCCAGCUUUGAUAAUCGUCAUAUGAAAUUGUACGCCUAGGCAAAUGCAAUAUAUAGUAACUCGGGCAACACUCGAACACUUGCAGAAGUUAGACCUCUACUAUCGAUUACAUUUCUUUCAAAGCAGCUAUGUUGUGAAAAGUUAAAGAUGCCGUCAAUCGAUUGGGUACUUAAUACCUCUUUGUAAUUUCAACUUUUAAAUGUUUACAAUAAAUUAAUAGUUUCCGUUUAAUGACGGUAUUUUCAAGAACGCGCGAAAAUCUAGCCGAGUAUUUGACAUAUUUCUUUACAUAAUAAUGACGUAUUUCUUUUCAUAAUCGUGUGCAUAUUAUGUCGACAUAAUAUGCAUACAAUUAUGAAAAUAAAUUAGAAUGAAAAUGCGACCUCGAACACGUGAAAACGUAAAAAAAAAUUAACCUACAAAAUUAAUUGUAUAAUUUUGACAUACAACUAGCAUUUUUUAAAUGUUUAAUCAUGACUUCAUAGAUACAAAACCAAUUUUGAAUCUACACUAAAACUAUGCUGAUUGAAAUACAUCAUUUAUUAAUUGUU